CCUAACCUGACCUGACCUGACCUGACCUGACCUGACCUGACCUGAUCAUAUUUCCAAACUUCUGGAAUCGUUUAGAGAGUGGAAAAGUCGUAAUAAGUAAAUCGUUCACUUCUUUCUCACCUUUUAUUCCAACAUAUUUUGCAGUAAAUUUUUAAUCAGUUCACGUCACAAUUUAUUUAUUUAAUUCAAACACUCCACAUGCAAAUUAAUUUCGACAAGUCCCGAAUUUCCUCUUACUUUUGUUUGGAAUUAUCGUUCUUGCGCAUGCAACAAUCCUAAGCAUUCUGUAACAAUCACCUGACCUGACCUGACCUGACCUGACCUGACCAUAUUUCCAAACUUCUGGAAUCGUUUAGAGAGUGGAAAAGUCGUAAUAAGUAAAUCGUUCACUUCUUUCUCACCCUUUAUUCCACCAUGUUUUGCGGUAAAUUUUUAAUCAGUUCACGUCACGAUUUAUUUUUUAAUUCAAACACAAAUUAAUUUCGAUAAGUUCCGAAUUUCCUCUUACUUUUGUUUGGAAUUAUCGUCCUUGCGCAUGCAACAAUCCCAAGCAUUCUGUAACAAUCACCAUUCCCGAUUAAUCGCCUCAUCCAUUUCCCGAACGUCAAUGAAAAUCUCGAAUUAAACCGAAACAAUAACUCAUCGAGCUUCAGAAGUGCAUACCAAACAAUUACUAUUAAUAAGCGUCGCUCUAUUCCUCCCAGCGUCGAUUUAAUUCGUUUCUCGUUUCCACGUCCGUCGGAAAAAUUUCUUUCCGGGUUUCAAAUCGGACAUGUCACUAAGAUUUAAAAGAAUCGACGCGUCUUUCUGCCCCUAUUUCUGCAAAGCGUCGCCGGUUUUUCGCCACCGAAUCGGGCCAAUUAUCGGACCGCUCAGUCGAAGUGAGGGAUUGUGCGAGAUUGCCAUUCUCGAGUCAAUUAUUGUAGCUGAGGACUCAACUUAUCCAAUUUAGAGCCGGGAGCUAUCCCUGCUAAUGUCGGAAUUUUUCCGAAUACGUUGACCCAUUUUCCAGGCCGUAAAUAAUUCGAUUGUUUGUACAAGCUUAUCUGAACAAACCGGCAAAUUAAUUUCCAAGAGAAUGUCCCGACGAUAACGUUCUUGGGACAAACUGCGAUAAAGUCACCAUCAGUCGAGUUAAAUCAAGCGAGAAAUGAAGUUUUUAAUUCUGAUUCAAGUCUGGACUGUCUUUGCACAAGUCGGGCCCAACAACAGAGGUUACUACUGGAGGGACUACAAGUACAAAGUCCCCGAAGAUGCAGUCUCUUGUGGCAAAGACUCAAACGGGCAGGAAACAUACGUCGGUCAAGCCUACAUCCACAAUGACGGUGUAAUAGUGGUCCAGAUUUUUCCCGCUGCUAAAGAAAUUUUCGCAGCGUCUUACGGCCUCAAGAAGGCGACUAUGGCUGUUAAAAUUUUGUGCGCGAAAAGCAGGGAUAAGUUCGCUUGGCUGAGGACAAACUCCAAGUAUUUCCACGUCAAUGUGACUGAUCGGAAUCCGGUAAUUGGGGGAUUUAAUCACAGAGAGCUGCAGAAAGGGAUGUUGCAUGUGGGGCGAGUUGUGCACCAUGUGGAGGCCCGGAUUGGCUCAAUCGACGGUUUUCUAGAGAACGCAAAAAUGAACUACGUCCAUGGAACCACGCUCCAGGCCGCAGACGACUUUGAAGUGCUUCUCUAUAAUGACAAGGACGAUGAGCGCAUUGUGUAAAAAAAUAAAAUUUUC